AUGAAGAGUAUAGCUAGGUUUGUGGCUGAUAGAGUAAAAGAUAAGAAGAAGGAGAAAGACGUCCCUCAUAAAACCUCCAUAAAGAACACUGAAAUUAUGAGUAAAAAAACACCUCAAAGGACGUAUGUGGGUACGAAAAGAAAGGUUGAAGAGAUAACUGCUGAGAAUAAGUCUUUCAAGAGAAAACAUGUUCAAUCAAGUGACUCUGAGAUAGAUGCUGAAGGAGAUAGGUGGAAAUAUGUGUGUCAAAGAAGAGUUGCUAAUGAAAAAGAACUUAGUAAAAAAGCUCUUGAUUGUGAAGAUAUUAUUGAAUUGCUGAAAGUUGUUGGGUUAAUGAAUAUUGUAAUUGAUAUUGAUCCUUGCUAUGUAAAGUUGGUUAAUGAGUUUAUUGUGAAUAUCUCACCUGAUUGCAAUAUUGAAGGAAUCCAAGAGUAUAUGAAUAUAUAUGUUAGAGGGAAGUGUGUGAAGUUUUCACCCUCAAUUAUUAAUAAUCAUUUGGGCAAAAUCAAGUCUCUAGGGUCUGAUAAGGCUUCAUCAAUUGACAAGGUUGUUAAGGAAAUAACUGGUGGAAAAGUGAAGCAAUGGCUCAACAAAGAUUUACUCUCUAAUGGGAGAUUAAGUGUAAAGUAUGUUAUUAUUAAUAGGAUUGAUGUAUCUAAUUGGGAACCCACAAAUCAUAGUUCAAAUAUAACUCCUUCUUUGGCCAAACUUAUCUUCCAAAUAGGCACAGAUGCAAAACUGAAUUUUGGAGAUUAUAUGUUUGAGCAAGCUAUGAACCAUGCUGACUCUUUUGUUGUGAAGCUACCCAUAUAA